AUGAGCCCACGCGAUCGUGAGCUCGAGAAGGAGGACUUCGAGACCGAGCACAUUGGCGACAAGGCGAACCGCGUCGACUCGGGCGAUGGCGUCCGCACGCCUGGUUCCUCUGCUCCCGACCAUGGCUUCACGCCUGAGGAGCAGCGCAAGAUCAUCAGGCGCGUCGAUCGUCGCCUCGUUGUCAUCGUCGGUUUGAUGUACUGCGUCUCCCUCAUGGACCGAACCAACUUGUCGGCCGCCGCCAUUGCCGGCAUGAAUGUCGAGCUUAACCUCAUUGUCGAGAACCGAUACAGCAUCGCGUCGCUUGUCUUCUUCAUCCCCUACAUCCUCUUCCAGCCGCCGUCGACCAUCAUAGUCCGCAAGCUGGGACCUCGCAUUCAUCUCGCAGGCAUCUGCCUCAUGUGGGGUAGCGUCAUGAUCGGCAUGGGCUUUUCUCAGAACUUCACCCACCUCGCCGUGUGCCGUGUCCUUCUUGGUGUCCUUGAGGCUGGUUUCUUCCCCAGCUGCGUCUACCUUCUCAGCACCUGGUAUACCCGAUUUGAGGUCGGCAAGCGGUACUCCGUCUUCUACCUCCUCGGAUGCGUCGCCUCCGCCUUUGCUGGCAUUCUGGCCUACGGCCUCAUGCAGAUGAACGGCCUCGCUAACCUGACCGGUUGGCGCUGGAUCUUCAUCAUCGAAGGUAUCAUCACCUGCCUUCUCGCCCUCCUCGGCUACUGGCUGCUUGUCGACUUCCCCGAUUCGAGACGCAAGACUUGGAACUUCCUCGGCGAGCGCGAGCUCCAAUCAAUAUGGGCUUCACCGUCGGCGAGGCCCAGUGCCUUGUCGCCCCCCCCUACGCCUUUGCCGGCUGCGUCAUGUUCGCCACGGCCUGGCUCGGCGACAAGUACCGAGUCCGUGGCCCCAUCAUCAUCAUCAACGUUGUCCUCUGCCUCAUCGGCCUCCCCCAUUAUGGGCUUCCACCCCAACUCCAAUGUCCGCUACUUUGGCGUCUUCCUCGUCACCGCUGGUGCCAACUCCAACAUCCCCGCCGUCAUGGCCUACCAGGCCAACAACAUCCGUGGCCAGUGGAAGCGUGCCUUCUGCAGCGCCACUCUGGUUAGUUUUGGCGGCGUCGGCGGCAUCGCUGGCAGCCUGCUCUUCCGCCCCCAGGACAUGCCCCAUUACCGCCCCGGCAUGUACGCUUGCAUUGCCUGCUGCCUGCUUACUCUCAUCCUUGUCGGUAUUCUGAGCCUUGACUUCAAGAGGCAGAACGGCAAGGCUGAGCGCGGCGAGAAGGAGCUGGAGAACAACGAGGAGGACUCGCAGCGCGGUUUCCGCUACACGUACUAA